CCUCCGGAGGUGGCGGCCCCACGCGGCCCAACAAGCUGCCGUUGUCCCGCGGGCGCCGGGCCCGGCACACUGGUGCUUUGUCCAGCCCCCCGCCGCGACCCACGGUGGGGGGGGCCCCCACAUGACCGAGGGGGUAGGAGGAGCCUGCGGCGGCGGCGGCGGCGGCGGCGGCGGCGGCGACUCCACCACCAUUUCCCUCCCUGGCCGGGGGUCGGCGGGCGGUGGUGGCGGCGGCGGCGGCGGCGGCGGCGGCGGCCGGGCAGGGGCCCCUGUUCCCCGCCAGGCUGCAGGCGCCGGGCCUGGGCCAGCAGGGCAGCUGCGACCCGAGCGCUCUCCGGGCGGCGAGCUGGGGGUACUUCCUGGACUCUACCUCGGAAACUUCAUUGAUGCCAAAGACCCUGACCAGCUGGGCCGGAACAAGAUCACACACAUCAUCUCUAUCCACGAGUCACCCCAGCCUCUGCUGCAGGACAUAACCUACCUUCGCAUCCCUGUGGCGGACACCCCUGAGGUACCCAUCAAAAAGCACUUCAAAGAAUGUAUCAACUUCAUCCACUGUUGCCGCCUCAAUGGGGGGAACUGCCUUGUGCACUGCUUUGCAGGCAUCUCCCGCAGCACCACCAUCGUGACGGCAUAUGUGAUGACUGUGACGGGGCUAGGCUGGCGGGACGUGCUUGAAGCCAUCAAGGCCACCCGGCCUAUCGCCAACCCCAACCCAGGCUUUAGGCAGCAGCUUGAAGAGUUUGGCUGGGGCAGUGCCCGGAAGCUCCGCCGGCAGCUGGAGGAGCGCUUCGGAGAGAGCCCUUUCCGCGACGAGGAGGAGGUGCGCGCGCUGCUGCCGCUCUGCAAGCGCUGCCGGCCGGGCCCUGCGCCCGCGCCCCCCGCGCCCCCCGCGUCCCCCGCGCCGCGCUCGGCGGCCUCCGAGGGAGCCCUGCAGCGCCUGGUGCCGCGGCCGCCCCGCGAGGCCCACCGGCCGCUGCCCCUGCUGGCGCGCGUCAAGCAGACUUUCUCUUGCCUCCCGCGGUGUCUGUCCCGCAAAGGCGGCAAGUGAGGAUCCCGGCCCGCCCUGGCGCCCCUCUUCCUUCCGACCGGUCCCCUACCCCCAUCCCCACCCUCGGGGCUGCCUGGGCCUCCCACGGCCUCCAGGACAGACCCGGAGCCUGCGGGAGCCCCGCGGUGGCCUGAGCCCUGCCCCUGCCCCUGCCCCUGAUGCCCGCCCUGCUUGUCUGCGUCUGCAGUCUGUGUGUCCUCCAUCCGUGCGUCUCUGUGUCUGGGCCGGGCCUGCUGCAGCCACUUGGUGCCUUAGUCCUUGGGCUGGGGGGAGAGGGCACCCGGGCCUCCACCCUUAAAGGCAGCGGGAGUGGGAGUGGGUGGGUGGGGAGGGGGGUGGAUGGGCCUGGAGGAUAUUAAAGAGACACAGAAGCUGUCUGUCUGAGCUCCUCCUAGUUAUUCAGCAAGGGGCAGGGAUGCAGGACUCUACCUGGGGCUGGAGCCUGCAGGAAACAGGGCUGGGAGGGGGUCUGCAUCCCCUAGGGUCUGGAGGAGCCUGCCACCUCCCAAAAACUGCUCUGGGCAGAGCUGAAUUCUGGGACUCCAUUCACUGCCCUGAGCCCCCCCACCCCCGCCCCAUAUCUCUCCCUGAAGACCUGGUCUCCUGAAAAGACCCCUGAAUCCCUCCUUGUCUCUCAACCCCCUUCCCCCUCUGAGCCCUUCUCACCAGCUCCCUUGUCUUCCCUCUUCACAAAUACUAGCUAGUAAGCUGUCCAAAUAGUGCCUCUUUCAUGCCUGACUUUUUAUAUGCAUGAGUUCACUUAAUCCCCAGGAGGAAACUGAGGCUCAAAAAGGGUAGGCAGCUUGCCUGAGGACAGCUAGAGUAGGGGAGGCUGGAUUUGAACCUAGGCAGUCUGUGUCCCAUGGUGGCUGUUAAGAAGUAGUUCCUUGGUGCCUUUUGGUGGUGACUUGUAUAAGUUCUUUAUAUAUUUUGCAUAUUAACUCCUUAUUGGAUAUAUCAUUUGCAAAUAUCUUCUCCCACUCAAGAUCCUUCCCACAUAGAGCCUAAAGGCCAGGGGGCAGCCCAAGCAAGCAGCAAACUGACCCAAGGGUGAACAGAGGUCAUCCGAGCUGAGUUUUCUGAACUAAAAAGUAACUUGGAGUUGAGAGGGGUCUGAAAAAACUCCAAUCUAAUAGCCACCUGUAAGGGGUCCCUGUUAUGCACGAAGCACUGUGUUCAGGGCUGUGGGGGAAGCCCAGAUUCCAGUAUUGGGGGUGUGAGGAAUGAUGAAAUAAUCCUCACCUGCUGCCCAGCCUCCUCCUCAGGAAACUGAGGUUGAUAUCCAAGGUCACCAGCUGGCAAGUGGUGGGCCUGGGAUUUAAAUCCAGGCAGUCUGGCUGGGAAGUUGAGGGAACCUCAUCCUCCUAAUCACUAUGACUCUGCCACCCAGAAAAAUGAAAAGAUUGUCUGACACACUUAAAAUUCCCGCUUAGAUGUAAUUAUUACACUUGGAUUUAUUCCUAUGAAAUGCUUUGCGCCCCCCCCCAACCCCCCGGAGCCCUACAGGUGAGUCUGAAUCAUGGCUAUAACUAGAGGGCUCAGAACUGAGUGGCUGCUGGCGUGGGAGAACAGAGGGUGGGGAGCAUGAAGAAGCCAUCCCCCCGACAGGUGCACAUGAAGGACAGUACUUCCAGCCUCUGGUCAACGCUGACCAGGCAUCCAGCUCUGUGCUCAUUUGGAGUUUUAGUUUCCCUGUGUACACAACAAAGGCUAGAGCAUCCCUGGAGGAAGUCCCUGAGCUACUUGACCUCUUUCAAAUUGCAGAUUCCCUUUGACAAUUAAAUGAAAGAUACAAACCCUAGAAAAAUGCAUAAACAUGAAAAAAAUUGUAUAUAUUUUCGGGGGGGGUGUCCCUAAACCCCAGGUGUAAGCUGUUGGGAGAUAGCGUGGGGCACUUUUUAGGCUCCUGGGCUUUGGGGACGGAGAGA